AGAGAGUUGCUACACCGAUUGAUCUAUACCUUAACCCAAACCCUCAGUCGAUGUAGCAGCAUUCCCUUGCAUGUUAUUCCUAAAUCAAUCAAUGUAGAAGCGCUUUCCUACAUUUCUCCUACAUUUCAAAUCAGUAAUAUAUCUGGUCUUCGUUUUUUGAACAAUCAAAACAUCAUUUUGAGUCGUAGUAUCUUUCGCUCACCGCCUCAAUUAUAUUUGGUGAAAAAUGCAAAAUUCCCCAAAUAGAAACGCUAACUGGAAUCAACAAAGAGGUUUUUCUCCCCAAAUGAGACCUCAAAGUUUUACACCUAAAUUUGAACAUCAAUCAAGAGGAUUUUUUAAUAUAAAAAAUAGUUCUCAAACACCAUUUAUGAGGUUUAGUCCUCAUGUAUCAAAUUCAAAUUUUAAUCAAUUAGGUAAUACAUCUCCUUACUCGAGAGAAAGUAGAAGCCCUUAUGACAGAAAUGAGAAUAAUUUUCAAAAAAAUUUUCAUAGAACUGCUCAUAAUAAAAAGUCUGACCAAUCAUCUAUUGAAGAGUAUUUCAAGCCAUCUAUGCUGGAAAAUCCGUGGCGGGAAUUAGAAGAUUGCUUAAGAAAAAACAACAUGAGUAAAAUAAAAUCAUAAUUAAAUAUUCGAGUACUAAUAUGUCAUACGAAAGGUUUAUAGAUUUUUUACUGAUUAGAUAAUAUAUUAGAUUAUUUUUGGCUUUAUUAAGCUAAAAUUUUAAAAAUGGCUAACUAAAUUUUAAUACAUUUGAAAUGAAAAAAAUUUUCACAUUCAUAUUGGUGUUAAUAAAGAUAUAGCCAUUGCACGCAAUCCUUCUAAGAUAUCUUUGGCAUUUUGUACCAUCAUGUUAGGAGGAGGCAUAAAAGAAGACAUAUCUAUAGAAGAAGUCUUGUUGUUUCCUGGAAGCAUUUCUAUCAAAUAAGUGUAUGGUAUAUGCAAUUUGCUAUGUGCCCAGUCAAUACUACUUCCGGAAUUCGGAUCUAAAAACAAUUUUUAUAUUGAAGUUAGAAUUAGUAUAAUUUUGUUUAAAUAUCAAUUAUAGAUAUGUUAUUUUAACAUC